ACCUCCCCCCGGGGCAGUGGUACGGAGGUGGAGGCCAGGAUCUUCUGGUUGGGACUGAUCAUCUGUCCUCUCAUCUGGUCCGGAUUCUUCUUCACCACCCUGUUCUGUCUGAAGAUUCACUGGCUGGUAACACACACACACACACACACACACACACACACACACACACACACACACACACACACACACACACCACCCUGUUCUGACGGGAGAUACACUGGCUGGUAACACACACACACACACACACACACACACACACACACACACACACACACACACACACACACACACACACACACACACACACACACACACACACACCACCCUGUUCUGACUGGAGAUACACUGGCUGGUAACACACACACACACACACACACACACACACACCACCCUGUUCUGACUGGAGAUACACUGGCUGGUAACACACACACACACACACACACCUUCUCCUCCAUACAGCUAGACUGACCAUAACAGCUGAAACAGAGCAGUACCUUCUCCAUACAGCUAGACUGACCAUAACAGCUGAAACAGAGCAGUACCUUCUCCUCCAUACAGCUAGACUGACCAUAACAGCUGAAACAGAGCAGUACCUUCUCCUCCAUACAGCUAGACUGACCAUAACAGCUGAAACAGAGCAGUACCUUCUCCUCCAUACAGCUAGACUGACCAUAACAGCUGAAACAGAGCAGUACCUUCUUCUCCAUACAGCUAGACUGACCAUAACAGCUGAAACAGAGCAGUACCUUCUCCUCCAUACAGCUAGACUGACCAUAACAGCUGAAACAGAGCAGUACCUUCUCCUCCAUACAGCUAGACUGACCAUAACAGCUGAAACAGAGCAGUACCUUCUCCUCCAUACAGCUAGACUGGCCAUAACAGCUGAAACAGAGCAGUACCUUCUCCAUACAGCUAGACUGACCAUAACAGCUGAAACAGAGCAGUACCUUCUCCUCCAUACAGCUAGACUGACCAUAACAGCUGAAACAGAGCAGUACCUUCUCCAUACAGCUAGACUGACCAUAACAGCUGAAACAGAGCAGUACCGUCUCCUCCAUACAGCUAGACUGACCAUAACAGCUGAAACAGAGCAGUGUCAAAUUGCUUUUGCUUUAGUCUUAAGCAGGCCUGCAACCUGAAGCCUGGAUACUGUAUUCCUAUAGAAAGUAUACACCCCUUUAACUUGUUUCACAUUUUGCUGCCUUAAAACUAAAUAUAAAAAGGGAUUAAAUUACAUGUUUUUUCCUACAGAUCUACACAACCUACUCCACAUUUUCAAAGUGAAAGAAAGUUCUAGAAAAUUGUCCAAAUAAAAAUAAAAGUACAAACUGAUGUGAUAUUUGGAUAAGUCUCCACCCCCCUGAGUAAAUACUUGGUGGAAGCACCUUUGGCAGCCAUUAAAGCUGUGAAUCAUUUUCAGUAAGAUUCUAUCAACUUUACACAACUCUGUAUCAGUGCUACUUACCUGCACUCCUAACCAAGGAUGUCCACGUGUGAUACAAGGGGCUGGUAUUUAAGCAGCUUGUCAGCAAAGGUCUGCUCCAUGUAACAGUCAAAUGAGCAGCCCAUUUCCAAAAUGAGCACCUCCUCCUGGCCUCCCCCCACAACAACAAUAUCUGCUGUAUUUUGUACACAAUAAAACACAAACACAGACUCACACAUCCCCUCUCUCUCUCUCUCUCUCUCUCUCUCUCUCUCUCCCUCUCUGUCUCUCUGUCUCUCUCUCUCUCUCUCUCUGUCUCUCUCUCUGUCUCUCUCUGUCUCUCUCUCUCUCUCUCUCUCUCUCUCUCUCUCUGUCUCUCUCUCUCUCUCUCUCUCUCUCUGUCUCUCUCUCUCUCUCUCUCUCUCUCUGUCUCUGUCUCUGUCUCUCUCUCUCUCUCUCUCUCACUCAAUUCAAUUUCAAUUUAAGGGCUUUAUUGGCAUGGGAAACGUAUGUUAACAUUGCCAAAGCAAGUGAAGUAGAUAGUAAACAAAAGUGAAAUAAACAAUAAAUAUUAACAGUAAACAUUACACUCAGAAGUUCCAAAAGAAUAAAGACAUUUCAAAUGUCAUAUUAUGUAUAUAUACAGUGUUGUAACAAUGUGCAAAUAGUUAAAGUACAAAUGGGAAAAUAAAUAAACAUAAAAAUGGGUUGUAUUUACAAUGGUGUUUGUUCUUCACUGGUUACCUUUUUCUUGUGGCAACAGGUCACAAAUCUUGCAGCUGUGAUGGCACACUGUGGUUUUUCACCCAGUAGAUAAGGGAGUUUAUCAAAAUUGGAUUUGUUUUCGAAAUCUUUGUGGAUCGCUGUAAUCUGAGGGAAAUAUGUGUCUCUAAUACGGUCAUACAUUUGGCAGGAGGUUAGGAAGUGCAGCUCAGUUUCCACCUCAUUUUGUGGGCAGUGUGCACAUAGCCUGUCUUCUCUUGAAAGCCAGGUCUGCCUACGGCUGCCUUUCUCAAUAGCAAGGCUAUGCUCACUGAGUCUGUACAUAGUCAAAGCUUUCCUUAAGUUUGUGUCAGUCACAGUGGUCAGGAAUUCUGCCACUGUGUACUCUCUGUUUAGAGCCAAAUAGCAUUCUAGUUUGCUCUGUUUGUUUGUUAAUUAUUUCCAAUGUGUCAAGUAAUUCUCUUUUUGUUUUCUCAUGAUUUGGUUGGGUCUAAUUGUGUUGCUGUCCUGGGGCUCUGUGGGGUCUGUUUGUGUUUGUGAACAGAGCUCCUUUUAAGUGGUUAUAGAAUUUAACGGCUCUUUUCUGGAUUUUGAUAAUUAGCGGGUAUCGGCCUAAUUCUGCUCUGCAUGCAUUAUUUGGGGUUUUUCGUUGUACACAGAGGAUAUUUUUGCAAAAUUCUACAUGCAGAGUCUCAAUUUGGUGUCUGUCCCAUUUUACGUGAAUUAUUGGCAACGGUGUCUAGAUGGAAUUUGUAUUUGUGGUCCUGGCAACUGGACCUUUUUUGGAACACCAUUAUUUUUGUAUUACUGAGAGUUACUGUCAGGGCCCAGGUCUGACAGAAUCUGUGCAGAAUUAUCUAGGUGCUGCUGUAGGCCCUCCUUGGUUGGGGAAAGAAGCACCAGAUCAUCAGCAAACAGUAGACAUUUGACUUCAGAUUCUAGUAGGGUGAGGCCGGGUGCUGCUGACUGUUCUAGUGCCCUAGCCAAUUCGUUGAUACAUAUGUUGAAGAGGGUGGGGCUUAAACUGCAUCCCUGUCUCACCCCACGGCCCUGUGGAAAGAAAUGUGUGUGUUGUUUGCCAAUUUUAACCGCACACUUGUUGUUUGUGUACAUGGAUUUUAUAAUGUCAUAUGUUUUUCCCCCAACCCCACUUUCCAUCAAUUUGUAUAGCAGACCCUCAUGCCAAAUUGAGUCAAAAGCUUUUUUGAAAUCAACAAAGCAUGAGAAGACUUUGCCUUUGUUUUGGUUUGUUUGUUUGUCAAUUAGGGUGUACAGGGUGAAUACGUGGUCUGUCGUACGGUAAUUUGGUAAAAAGCCAAUUUGACAUUUGCUCAGUGCAUUGUUUUCACUGAGGAAAUGAACUAGUCUGCUGUUAAUGAUAAUACAGAGGAUUUUCCCAAGGUUGCUGUUGACGCAUAUUCCACGGUAGUUAUUGGGGUCAAAUUUGUCUCCACUUUUGUGGAUUGGGGUGAUCGGUCCUUGGUUCCAAAUAUUGGGGAAGAUGCCAGAGCUAAGGAUGAUGUUAAAGAGUUUAAGUAUAGCUAAUUGGAAUUUGUGGUCUGUAUAUUUGAUCAUUUCUUUGAGGAUACCAUCAACACCACAGUCCUUUUUGUGUUGGAGGGUUUGUAUUUUGUCCUGUAGUUCAUUCAAUGUAAUUGGAGAAUCCAGUGGGUUCUGGUAGUCUUUAAUAGUUGAUUCUAAGAUUUGCAUUUGAUCAUGUAAUAUUUUUUGCUAUUUGUUCUUUGUUAUAGGGCCAAAAAGAUUGGAGAAGUGGUUUACCCAUACAUCUCCGUUUUGGAUAGAUAGCUCUUCGUGUUGUUGUUUGUUUUCCAAUUUUUCCAGAAGUGGUUAGAGUCUAUGGAUUCUUGAAUUACAUUGAGCUGAUUUCUGAUAUUCUGUUCCUUCUUCUUCCGUAGUGUAUUUCUGUAUUGUUUUAGUGAUUCACCAUAGUGAAGGCGUAGGCUCAGGUUUUCUGGGUCUCUAUGUUUUUGGUUGGAUAGGUUUCUCCAUUUCUUUCUUAGGUUUUUGCAUCUUCAUCAAACCAUUUGUCACUGUUGUUAAUUUUCUUAGGUUGUCUGCUUGACAUUUUUAGAUUUGAUAGGGAAGCUGAGAGGUCAAAUAUACUGUUUAGGUUUUCUACUGCCAAGUUUACACCUUCACUAUUACAGUGGAACGUUUUGUCCAGGAAGUUGUCUAAACGGGAUUGAAUUUGUUGUUGCCUAAUUGUUUUUUGGUAGGUUUCAACACUACUUUCCUUCCAUCUAUAGCAUUUCUUAAUAGUAUUCAGUUCCUUUCGCCUUGAUGCCUCAUGAUUGAGUAUUGCUCUGUUCAAGUAGACUGUGAUUUUGCUGUGGUCUGAUAGGGGUGUCAGUGGGCUGACUGUGAACGCUCUGAGAUUCUCUGGCUUGAGGUCAGUGAUAAAGUAGUCUACAGUACUACUGCCAAGAGAUGAGCUAUAGGUGUACCUACCGUAGGAGUCCCCUCGAAGCCUACCAUUGACUAUGUACAGACCCAGCGUGCGACAGAGCUGCAGGAGUUGUGACCCGUUGUUGGUUAUGUUGUCGUGGUUGUGCCUAGGGGGGCAUAUGGGGGAGGGAAUGCUGUCACCUCCAGGUAGGUGUUUGUCCCCCUGUGUGCUGAGGUUCUUGUCCAGUUCUGGCAUUUAGGUCACCACAGACUAGUACAUGUCCCUGGGUCUGGAAAUUAUUGAUUUUCCCCUCCAGGAUGGUGAAGCUGUUGAUCUGUUGCUCCUGUGUGAGGUGCUGCGGUCAAGGGCGAUGUCCUUUAGGGUCCUGGUGAAGCUGUCUUCUCUCUCUCUCUCUCUCUCUCAGGUGUUGGUGAUAGCCGGUAUCUCUCUCCAGGUUGCUAAUCUCUAUGGUUACCUGCGCUGCAAGGCCGGCGGACAGGAAGUCCCACCCACAUCCACUUCCUCCUUCCUGCAGGGACAGCACGUCCUCCAGCGGGUGAGCAGUGUUGAGGUUAGA